GAUUGUAUUCGAUUUCGUGCAAUUGAUCUAAUCGCGUAUAUGUUCACGUUGCUGUGCAAUGGUCGAUGAUGAUAAGACUCGGGCUAUGUUUAUGUCCGCUCUUUUAUCCGUACUUCUAAUUCUAUCGGGUAUUCGUACUGCCGGCGACGGUUUUGAUUAUUGGGACUUUCCGAGAUCGCCCGCUUCGGACGUAAUUAUGAAAGAUAUCCACGGAUGCGCAUUACAUAUAGAGCCCCUUUUUUACGGGGGAUUCAUGCAGCCACCGCAACGUCGUCUUCUCGAACAUCCGCGUAGGGCCAAGCAGGUAUAUCGCAGCCAUGACUAUAACAUCGCACGAGGACAUCACCAGCCUCGAAAUAAUCUCGACGAGAGCAGACUUUAUCGUUCGUCAGUGAAGAACGAUGAAGAUGAGAACGAGGAAGAAGAAGAGGAAGAGGAAGAAAAUCAGAACGAGGAGGAUAAGCUCGAUGACGAAGACGCCGACGAAGAGACCGCGGAGCAGGAUGAGGAAGAAACGGUUGCGAUCGCCGCCAGGAAUCGCGUUGUGAGAUCCGGUUAUGUGCCGCUCAGGGAUGAGGCUGGUGAACGUGAAAGACAAGAUGAUAUGAGGAUCAAAUCGGCUACCGAGGAGUGCGAGGAGGAGUCGACGGAACCGUCGCAAUAUUACGAAUACGAGACUGAGGUGAGAAAUGUCGCUUCUCAAGAUAUCCAAUAUAGCGAACGUCAAGUGAUACUCACCACAAAAGUCUUUAGUGCGAGUUUACUGAUUCUUCUGCUUGCUUAAGAAAUCCGGCAUCUAUUACGAAGAAAAAGCAUUUACAACAUAUUCUAUAGCUUCCAAUUUCUAAUCUUAAUGGUUCCCUAUCUCCUUUCUAAGUAACGGAAGCAUUACAGCCAGCAGUCGUACUUUACUUCCUAUCUUUUACAAAGUGAUAUCAAAUAAGAAGUAUGAUAAUGUGGAUGUGAGCAAAACAGAAACGCUUGGACGUAUUCUAUAGCAAAUGAGAGUAAUCAUGUGCAAUGCGCGUCAUAAUAAAUUUCUAUAAAUUUUCAAGAG